CCCCCACCCCCCACAUUUGGCCCGGCUUGAUCCUACACAUUUGGCAGUGUCGGGCAGGCUAGUGGGGGACCUGCGUGCUCCUCUCGUUCAUGAGGACGACACGGCAGCCUCACGGUGGGAUUGUGGUCUACAGAUUAUUCUAGGAGCGCUGGCAGGCUCGUCUACUCUGCGAAAAAAACAAAAAACAAUAAUAAAGCGGGUGGACGCGGCGGGAUCCUGCCCCCGGCUACCUCUACGCAAACUCUCUCCAAUACAGAUCCGGGUGGUGGGUGGAAGAAAGCACAGCCCAGUGCUGGAUCCUAGAGGGACUGUUAGUGUUGCAAGGACCCUUAAGACGAAGAAGGGUGCAUGGAGGGUUCAAGGCCUCUAAAACCAGGGACACCAGCCUGCCUCUGGUUGGGGCUGGUCUCUGUGGCUGUAGCCUUCCUUUGUUCUGAGGCCCGGACUACUCCGAGCCCUUUACUCAGCCCCAACAAUGGCACCUGCACGGGCACCUCAAGGUGUCGAACAGGAAUCAUCCUCCCCAUCUGGUAUCCCGAGGAUCCCUCCAUGGGAGACAAGAUUGCUCGGGUCAUUGUGUAUUUUGUGGCCAUGAUCUACAUGUUUCUUGGUGUGUCCAUCAUCGCUGACCGUUUCAUGGCAGCCAUUGAGGUUAUCACCUCCCAAGAAAGGGAAAUUGUCAUCAAAAGGCCCAAUGGGGAAACAACCACAACUACAAUUCGAGUGUGGAAUGAGACAGUUUCCAAUCUUACUCUUAUGGCCUUAGGCUCAUCUGCCCCUGAGAUUCUGCUCUCGGUGAUUGAAGUUUGUGGACAUGACUUUAAAGCUGGUGAACUUGGUCCAUCGACAAUUGUUGGCAGUGCCGCCUUCAAUAUGUUUGUCAUCAUUGGCCUCUGCGUGUCCGUCAUUCCCCAAGGUGAGGUACGCAAGGUCAAGCACCUAAGAGUAUUUUUCAUCACAGCAGGCUGGAGUGUCUUUGCUUACAUCUGGCUCUAUAUGAUAUUGGCUGUUAUUUCUCCUAAUGUAGUCCAGGUCUGGGAAGGCCUAGUCACGCUGUCCUUUUUCCCCAUAUGCGUCCUACUAGCCUGGGUAGCAGAUAGACGACUGCUCUUCUACAAAUAUAUGCAUAAGAAAUACCGCACUGACAAACACAGGGGUGUCAUUAUCGAGACGGAAACUGAACGAGCCAAGGGGAUAGAGAUGGAUGGCAAGAUGGUCAACUCUCACUUCAUGGAUGGAGGCGCAACCAGCAAUCUGAUUGGUUUAAUUGAGAGCAAAGAGGUAGAUGAGUCGCGUCGAGAUAUGAUUCGCAUCCUAAAGGACCUAAAGCAGAAGCACCCAGAGAAAGAGCUCGAUCAGCUGGUUGAGAUGGCAAACUACUAUGCUCUCUCACAUCAGCAAAAGAGCCGUGCCUUCUACCGUAUCCAGGCCACUCGAAUGAUGACAGGCGCUGGGAAUAUCCUGAAGAAACAUGUAGCGGAACAAGCAAAGAAGAGUACCAGCGUCCAAGAGGUGCACGUGGAGGAACCCGAAGAGUACGUGUCUCGAAUCUGUUUUGAGCCUGCUGCCUACCAGUGCCUUGAGAACUGUGGUGCUGCCAUCCUGACCAUCACUAGAAAGGGUGGUGACAUCAACAAGACCAUCUAUGUGGAUUAUAAAACAGAAGAUGGCUCAGCUAAUGCUGGAGCUGACUAUGAGUUCACUGAGGGCACGGUGGUGUUCAAACCAGGGGAGAUAAUCAAAGAAAUAAGCAUUGGCAUUAUAGAUGAUGACAUCUUUGAAGAGGAUGAGCACUUCUUUGUGCGUCUCAAUAAUCUUCGGGUCUUGGAAACUGAAGAUGAGCUGUUAUCCGCCAACAGUCUUCCGUACCCAAAGGCCGUUCUAGGAUUCCCCACUGUGGCUACAGUCACUAUCCUGGAUGAUGAUCAUUCAGGCAUCUUCACGUUUGAGAGUAGCUCGGUCCAUGUUAGUGAGAGCAUUGGCAUUAUGGAAGUGAAAGUGCUGAGGACUUCUGGAGCAAGGGGAACUAUCAUUGUGCCUUAUCGCACAGUGGAGGGACUUGCCAAAGGAGGAGGGGAGGACUUUGAAGACACCUAUGGAGAACUUGAGUUCAAAAACGAUGAGACCUGCAAAUUUGUUCACGUGAAAAUUAUUGACGAUGAGGAGUAUGAGAAAAACAAGAACUUCUUCCUGGAGCUGGCUGAGCCUCGCAUGGUAGACAUGAGUCUGCAGAAAGCCCUGUUGUUAGCUGAUGAUCUACCAGACAGGAAGCUGACAUCUGAUGAGGAGGAAGCCAAGCGGAUCGCAGAGAUGGGAAAACCAGUGCUGGGGGAGCACCCGAGGCUGGAGGUCAUUAUCGAAGAGUCUUACGAGUUCAAGAGCACAGUGGACAAGCUGAUCAAGAAGACCAACCUGGCGCUGGUGGUGGGAACCAACUCCUGGAGGGAGCAGUUCAUGGAGGCCAUUACAGUCAGUGCAGAUGAGGACGAGGAGGACACAGGGGAAGAACGGCUUCCGUCGUGUUUCGACUACGUCAUGCACUUCCUCACCGUCUUCUGGAAGGUGCUGUUUGCGUGCGUCCCCCCCACGGACUACUUGAACGGCUGGGCGUGCUUCAUCGUGUCCAUCGCCAUCAUCGGCCUGCUCACGGCCGUCAUCGGCGACCUGGCCUCCCACUUCGGCUGCACCAUAGGCCUCAAGGACUCAGUCACGGCGGUCGUGUUUGUCGCUCUUGGCACAUCAGUCCCAGACACCUUUGCCAGUAAGGUAGCAGCCGUCCAGGACACCUACGCGGAUGCCUCGAUUGGGAAUGUGACCGGCAGCAACGCCGUCAACGUCUUCCUGGGAAUCGGCAUGGCCUGGUCCGUGGCGGCCAUUUACUGGCACAUGAAAGGGAAGCCGUUUGUGGUGGAGGCCGGGUCGCUGGCCUUCUCCGUCACUCUCUUCACCAUCUUCGCCUUCCUGGCCAUCUCGGUGCUGCUCUACCGGCGCCGGGCCCACAUCGGAGGGGAACUGGGUGGCCCGCGGGGACACAGACUGGCCACGUCGGCCUUCUUUUUCAGCCUCUGGUUCCUUUACAUCCUCUUCUCCAGCCUGGAAGCUUACUGUCAUAUAGAAGGCUUCUAAGCAGAUGAGACUCCUGGAAAAGAAACGAAGAUGUCUAAAGAAAAGAGUGAAUGCUUACAGUGGGAUUUGGGUCAGUUUUGAAUGCUAGGAACAGAUGAGGCAAACCUGGGGGGGGGGUUUUCUUAAAAAAAAUAAUAAAAAUGGCUCCUGCUCUCUCCUUCUCCCCCUCCCUCUGCCCCGUCUGUGAGAAGGUGCGCGUCCUGCCCUCUAGUACCGACAGGCUUCGCUCAGGCGGGAGCCGAGCUCGACCUUGCUGCUGGGUUCGAUUUCCCAGCAUGCCCAGAGGACGGGCGAGGCCAAGAGGCGGUCCUGCACUCAGCUGGAAGACAGUGCAGCCCUGUUACCCGGAGAGAGCGGAGUCAAUCAGAGGUUUAUAUUUUUCUCAAAAACGAGCAAAAAUGACUUUUUAGAAGAAACAUAUUUUGGGGAUAAAAUGCCAAAAAAAAAAAAACACACACACACACAUACACACACAUGCAACAAAAAUAAAUAAAUAAAUAAAGACUCAGUCACACAGAGGAAUCAAAGAACUAUUUUCUGAUCUAAAAGAAUAAUGAUACGUUAUAUCUAAAACGGUAAAUAUGCUGUGCAGUGACAGCAGGGAGGGGGGGUUCAUAGUAUUUAUUUUUAUUUGCAUCGUUUCCUAAUGGAGCUCUUCAGAGGGGUCCGAAAUCCCACAGCCAGGAAGAGGAUCGAGGAGCAACAGUGACAGCUCCCACAAAGCACGAUUCAAGCAGGAGAAAAGGGAAAAUAUGGAUACAGCAAACUGCCCUGAACUUUACUUCCUUACUCUAAAUGUAUCUAUAUAUAAUAUAUUUCCAUAUUUUCUGUAUAUUUUGAAUAUUUGUUUUAAAUGUGGUCCUCUUCUGUGCUAUCAGAGGAUUGCAGUGGGAGAAGACGGGGCGAGGGAGGGGAGGGAGGGGAGGGUCGAACUAUAUAUAUCUGAACGAUGUCUUCACCUUUCUAAGAUUUAUGUAUCUUGCCUCUAGGUAACAAGUAAUGACAUUGUAUUUUAUUUAUUUACUGAUAUCUUGGUCUCACUUGACUUUUCACUUUUUUCAAUCAGACGUCCGACGGGAAAAAGAAGAAAAGAACAAAAACUACAACGUGCGUUGCUGCAGAAAUAAAUUCAGAGGUAUUUUUGUACUCUUCCUUCCAUGCACUUUGCUGUAUAGUUCUACUCCUGGAGACUUCCUCUACUUCUUCUACGUGUGCAUAAGGCCAAUGGUUCACGGUCGUCACAAUGAACUGAACGGUGCCUGUGGAGGGAGAGGCGUUUGCUGCAGCUACCCACACUAAUCAGCUCUUUGCUUUGGUCAGAGAACCCUUGUCUUUUGUAUGAAGCUGCAUUAACUGAUAUUACUUUAGCGCCAUUGUCCCAUUACCGACACUCCUGAUUGGUUCAUCACUCUAUCUUAGGCGUAUGAGGGUCUCCUGGCUGGCUUUCGAACACAUAAACCUCCUAAACCAUUCUGUAACCACCUUGUCUUUUUACGUGGAGACAAAAGUGUCCCUGUUGGAUGCAGAUGAUCUCCUCUUUCUCUAAGGAGAUGGGUGGACCCAACAGAUGAGCUGUUACACCACCAGUAUUGGUGGAAAGAUCUAAAAUGUUGCAAUUAACGUAUCGACUCGGAAACUCUUUAUUCCCGUAGCUUUUACCACAGGCAAGCCAGUCGCCUUCGCAGAUUUAACGUGAUGCUGCUCCUCAGACGAUCCACCAUCCAGGACCCUUUCUUGAUUAAUCCGAUUUGUAAAAAGGAUUAGGAUGCAAUAAGAAAUAAA